GUGCACUGGCAAAGGGGGCCCCAGCGGCCAGGACGGAAGCCCCAGAGGGGCCCAAGGACACGCCGUCCGCCACAAAGGAUGCUCCAGACACUGGCAAGGGCUCUCUGGCAGCUCAGAAGGACAGUACGGUGGCGAGCAAGGGCCUGCCCGCAGCAGCCAAGGUUUUGCCAGUGGCAGCGUUGGCCUUGCCAACUGCAGCACAGGGCGCUUUGGACGCUGCCAAAGGUGCUCCAGAUGCCACCAAAACCCAGCCAGUUGAAGGCAAGGGUGGCCCAGAUGGCGUGGUGGACAGCCCAGCCGGUGUGAAGGGCCUACCAGAAACCCCUGGGGGCUCAGCGUCUGCCGCAUCAGGGUCUCCAGCUAUUGAGAAGGGCACUGAGACUCCUGCGAAGGAGACACCAUCUGGCAAGGAGGGCCCUUCAGCAGUGGGCAGCGACACAGAGCCAGUGGUGACCCCGCGCUCCAGGAAGGGCGGUGAAGAGAAACCCAAAGGAGGAUUGCUGUCGAAACUGAACAGGAAGGUGCGUGGCAAGAAGAAGUCAGAUGCGGAGUCGGCUGGGCCGGACCUGAAAGAAGCGGCUGCCGUGCAGGGGCCACCAGAUACUCACAAGGAAGGGCCCAAGGCUAGUGAAGGCGCCCCGUCUCAGGCAAGGAACUUGCUGACUGUGGUGGAGGGCAGCCCGGAUGCUACAGAGACGGCUCCAGAUGCUCCAAAGAGCGCCCUGCAUGCUGCAGGUGAGUUACCAGCUGGAUCUGGGGCUUUCCCAACUGCAGGAGAGUGCACCCAAGAUGCCUCCAAGGGCUUGCCGGAUGGCUCAAAGGGCACUCCUGGUGCUCCAAAGUCGAUACCAGAUAGCUCAAAGGGCGCUCCCGAUGCUCCCAAGGGCACUCCUGUUGCUGCCAAAGGUGGGGUCACAGCGUCACCAGACGGUUCUGGUGGUGCAAAGUCCGCCCCAAAGGCUACCGAUCGUGCUCCAGACGGUCCAAAGGGCGCCACCCUUGCCUCAAGGGACUUGGCAGUUGGGGCAGAGGGCACUCCAAGUGCUGGGAAGGACGGCCCAGACGCCGCAAAGGAAGCGCCGCCUGGGGCGGUGAGCACUGCAGCAGCUGGUGUGGCCUUGCCGGCGGCGGCCAUGGCCUCGAAGGGUGCCAGCGAGGCUGGCCCGGGUGCCGGGGAAGGUGCGGCCGAGGCCCCAAAGACCUCACCAGGAGUGCCGAACAGCACUCCAAGAGGGGACGAGCCAAAGAGGGGUCUGAUGUCCAAGCUGUUGAGCAUAGUGGGGGCUGGCAAGGAGCCCGAGCCGGGCGAUGAGGUGGUCGUCUCGUACGUCGAUCAGCCAGUGUGGGGUCAAGCCUUGACGAAACCCGAGGUGGGGGAGCUGAACGACGAACUGUCAGAGUUGUUCACGGAGCUGGGAAUCGACCCAACGAAGUAUUUCAACAGGCCUCUUGAUGAUUUUGACUCACCUGCGGACUUCUACGAAGAACUGAGUGGGAGACUGGAGGGAGAUACACAAGAUGUGGACGUCACGGAGACCUUGGCCACCAGGCUUGGAGACGACCACCCGCUGGUGGUCGAGCUGCGGAGGAGGGAGGCCCUCGCGGAUGUCAAGGUGUUGGAUGAGUACAUCAAGGGGGAGCUGGGCCCGGAGAAGGCGGCGAUCGUCUAUAAGAAGGUGCCAGAUGAGUUCCGCACGCCUCUGGACUAUUACAAGGAGCUGCAGGGAGUGGCAAAGGCACAUGAGAUGGACCUGGUCCCCAUCAUCGAAGCAAAGCUGGGCAAGACGCAUCCACUGCCGUUGGCGCUUCGCGGUGAUGGCAUUGCCGCCAAAGCCAGGUGGCAGUCGAUAAAGAAAGUGCUGUCCUUCAAGCCGUCAAUCUCGCCCGCUGGUGUUCAAGGCGAGCCUGCGCAGCCGGAGAGCAGUGACGGUGUGGCUGCUGCACCUGUCAAGGGCAGGGGCAUAGCGGCGUGGCCUCUUCCCGGGGAAGCCAGGGCGGCAGGUAAGGCAGCCCCUGAGAGAAAGGGGGAGCCUGGCGAGGAGAAGAAGGGAGCGCUCCCCGCGGAGGCGCCAGCGGGGGCACCAGCAAAGGUUGGCCCAGCGGCCGGGACGGAAGCCCCAGAGGGGCCCAAGGACACACCGACUGCCAAGAAGGAUGCCCUAGACGCCAGCAAGGGCUCGCUGGCAGCUGAGAAGGAUAGUACGAAGGCAAGCAAGGGCCUGCCAGCGGCAGCCAAGGUUUUGCCAAUGGCUGCGAUGGCCUUGCCAGCUGCAGCACAGGGCGCUUUGGACGCUGCCAAGGGUGCCCCAGAUGACACCAAAGCCCAGCCAGUUGGAGGCAAGGGUGGCCCAGAUGGCGCGGGGGACAGCCCAGCUGGUGCGAAGGGCCUGCCAAAAACCCCUGGGGAGGCAGCGGCUGCCGCAUCAGGGUCUCCAGCUUCUGGGAAGGGCACUGUGGCUCCGUCAAGUGAGACACCAUCUGGUAAGGAGGGCUUGUCAGCAGUGGGUGCGGACGCAGAGCCAGUGGUGACCCCACGCUCUGGAAAGGGCGGUGAUGAGAAGCCCAAGAGAGGAUUGCUGUCGAAACUGAGCAGGAAGGUGCGUGGAAAGAAGAAGUCGGAUGUGGAGUCGGCUGCGCUGGACAUGAAAGAAGUGGCUGCCAUGCAGGGGCCACCAGAUAGUCCCAAGGAAGGGCCCAAGGCUAGUGAAGGCGCCCCGUCUCAGGCAAGGAACUUGCUGACUGUGGUGGAGGGCAGCCCGGAUGCUACAGAGACGGCUCCAGAUGCUCCAAAGAGCGCCCUGCAUGCUGCAGGUGAGUUACCAGCUGGAUCUGGGGCUUUCCCAACUGCAGGAGAGUGCACCCAAGAUGCCUCCAAGGGCUUGCCGGAUGGCUCAGAGGGCACUCCUGGUGCUGCGAAGUCCAUACCAGAUAGCUCAAAGGGCGCUCCCGAUGCUCCCAAGGGCACUGGCGAUGCCUCCAAGGGCACUCGCGAUGCUGCUAAGGGCACUCCCGAUGCUGCCAGGGGCAUGCGUGAUGCUCCUAAGGGCACUCUCGUUGCUCCCAAGGGCACUGGUGCGGCCUCAGUGUCCCAAAGCACUGCGGCUGCAGCCGUCACUGGCUCGAAGGGCAUCCCCAGUGCCAUAGGGGAGCCGCCUGUUGUGGGUGAGGGCUUGCCGGAUGGCUUGAAGGGUACCGGGGACAGUCCCAAGGGCACACUGGAUGCUGGUGUACCUGUUGGGGCUAAGGUCUCUCCAGGCGUCGGGGUGGGUGGUCCAGAUGGUUCCGGUGGUGCAAAGGCCGUCCCAAAGGCUGCCGAUUGCGCUCCAGAUGGUCCAAAGGGCGCCACCCUUUCCUCGAGGGACUUGCCAGUUGGGGCAGAGGGCGCUCCAAGCGCUGGGAAGGACGGCCCAGAUGCCGCAAAGGAAGCGCCCCCUAGGGCGGUGGGCACUGCAGCAGCUGGCGCAGCCUUGCCGGUGGCAGCCAUGGCCUUGCAGGGUGCUGGCAAACCUGGCCCAGGUGCCAGGGAAGGUGCGGCCGACGCUCCAAAUGCCUCACCAAGAGUGCCGAAGAGCACUCCAAGAGGGGACAAGCCAAAGAGGGGUCUGAUGUCCAAGCUGUUGAGCAUAGUGGGGGCUGGCAAGGAGCCCGAGCCGGGCGAUGAGGUGGUCGUCUCGUACGUCGAUCAGCCAGUGUGGGGUCAAGCCUUGACGAAACCUGAGGUGGGGGAGCUGAACGACGAACUGUCAGAGUUGUUCACGGAGCUGGGAAUCGACCCAACGAAGUAUUUCAACAGACCUCUUGAUGAUUUUGACUCACCAGCGGACUUCUACGAAGAACUGAGUGGCAGACUGGAGGGAGAUACACAAGAUGUGGACGUCACGGAGACCUUGGCCACCAGGCUUGGAGACGACCACCCGCUGGUGGUCGAGCUGCGGAGGAGGGAGGCCCUCGCGGACGUCAAGGUGUUGGAUGAGUACAUCAAGGGGGAGCUGGACCCGGAGAAGGCAGCGAUCGUCUACAAGAAGGUGCCAGAUGAGUUCCGCACGCCUCUGGACUAUUACAAGGAGCUGCAGGGAGUGGCACAGGCGCAUGAGAUGGACCUGGUUCCCAUCAUCGAAGCAAAGCUGGGCAAGACACAUCCACUGCCGUUGGCGCUUCGCGGUGAUGGCAUUGCCGCCAAAGCCAGGUGGCAGUCGAUGAAGAAAGCGCUGUCAUUCAAGCCGUCAGUCUCGCCCGCUGGUGACAACGCCAAGCCUACGCAGCCGGAGAGCAGUGACAUAGCGGCCGCUGUGCCUGUCAAGGGCAGGGGCAUAGCAUCGUGGCCUCUUCCCGGGGAAGAUAAGGCGGCAGGUGAGGCAGCCCCUGAGAGAAAGGGGGAGCCUGGCGAGGAGAAGAAGGGAGCGCUCCCUGCGAAGGCGCCAGCGGGGGCACCAGCAAAAUGGGCCCCAGCGGCCAGGACGGAAGCCCCAGAGGGGCGCAAGGACACGCCGUCCGCCACAAAGGAUGCCCCAGACACUAGCAAGGACUCGCUGGCAGCUGAGAAGGACAGUAUGGAGGCGAGCAAGGGCCUGCCUGCAGCAGCCAAGGUUUUGCCAGUGGCAGCGAUGGCCUUGCCAGCUGCAGCGCAUGGCGCUUUGGAUGCUGCCAAGGGUGCCCCAGAUGACACCAAAACCCAGCCAGUUGGAGGCAAGAGUGGCUCAGAUGAUGUGAAGGACAGCCCAGCCGGUGUGAAGGGCCUGCCAGAAGCCCCUGGGGAGGCAGCGACUGCUGCAUCACGGUCUCCAGUUGCUGAGAAGGACACUAAGGCUCCCGCAAAGGAGACAUCAUCUGGCAAGGAGGGCCCGUCAGCAGUGGGUGGGGCUGCAGAGCCAGCGGUGACCCCGCGCACCGAAAAGCGCGGUGAGGAGAAGCCCAAGAGAGGAUUGCUGUCGAAACUGAGCAGGAAGGUGCGUGGCAAGAAGAAGUCGGAUGCGGAGUCGGCUGUGCCGGACGUGAAAGAAGCGGCUGCCGUGCAGGGGCCACCGGAUACUCCCAAGGGGGGCCCCGACGCCACUGAAGGUGAGUGCCCCCAGGAUGCCUCCAAGGGCUUGCCAGAUGGCUCAAAGGGCACUCCUGGUGCUCCAAAGUCGAUACCAGAUAGCUCAAACGCUGCUCCCGAUGCUCCCAAGGGCACUCCCUAUGCUGCCAGGGACAUGCCUGAUACUCCUAAGGGUGCUCCCGAUGCUCCCAAGGGCACUGGCAAUGCUCCCAAGGGCACUCCUGAUGCAGCCAAAGGCACGCCUGACUCGCUCAAGGGCACACCCGAUGGUAGUGUGGCAGGUGUGGCCUCAGUGUCCCCAAGGACUGUGGCUGCAGCCCCCGCUGGCCCGAAGGGGAUCCCCAGUGCCGUAGGCGAGUCGCCUGUUGUGGGUGGGGGCUUGCCAGAUGGCUUGAAGGGCACUGGGGAGGCUCCCAAGGCCACAACAGAUGCUGGUGUAGCUGGCAGGGCCAGGGUGUCUCCAGGCGUAGGAGUGAGUGGUCCAGAUGAUUCCAGUGCAAAGGCCGCCCCCAAGGCUGCCGAUCGCGCUCCAGAUGGUCCAAAGGGUGCCACCCUUUCCUCGAGGGACUUGCCAGUUGGGGCGGAGGGCGCUCCAAGCGCUGGGAAGGAUGGCCCAGAUGCCGCAAAGGAAGCGCCCCCUAGGGCGGUGGGCACUGCAGCAGCUGGCGCAGCCUUGCCGGUGGCAGCCAUGGCCUUGCAGGGUGCCAGCAAGGCUGGCCCAGGUGCCGGGGAAGGUGCGGCCGACGCUCCAAAUGCCUCACCAAGAGUGCCGAAGAGCACUCCAAGAGGGGACAAGCCAAAGAGGGGUCUGAUGUCCAAGCUGUUGAGCAUAGUGGGGGCUGGCAAGGAGCCGGAGCCGGGCGAUGAGGUGGUCGUUUCAUACGCCGAUCAGCCAGUGUGGGGUCAAGCCUUGACGAAACCCGAGGUGGGGGAGCUGAACGACGAACUGUCAGAGUUGUUGACGGAGCUGGGAAUCGACCCAACGAAGUAUUUCAACAGGCCUCUUGAUGAUUUUGACUCACCAGCGGACUUCUACGAAGAACUGAGUGGCAGACUGGAGGGAGAUACACAAGAUGUGGACGUCACGGAGACCUUGGCCACCAGGCUUGGAGACGACCACCCGCUGGUGGUCGAGCUGCGGAGGAGGGAGGCCCUCGCGGACGUCAAGGUGUUGGAUGAGUACAUCAAGGGGGAGCUGGGCCCGGAGAAGGCGGCGAUCGUCUACAAGAAGGUGCCGGAUGAGUUCCACACGCCUUUGGACUAUUACAAGGAGCUACAGGGAGUGGCCAAGGCCAAUGGGAUGGACCUGGUUCCCAUCAUCGAAGCCAAGCUGGGUGAUGGCAUUGCUGCCAAAGCCAGGUGGCAAUCGAUGAAGAAAGCACUGUCCUUCAAGCCACCGGCCUUGCGCGCUGGUGCUCAAGGCAAGCCUACACAGCCAAACAGCAGCGACGGUGCGGGUGCUGUGCCUGUCAAAGGCAGGGGCGUAGCCUCAUGGCCUCUUCCCGGGGAAGUCAAGGCGGCAGCUAAGGCAGUCCCUGAGGGAAAGGGGGAGCCUGGCGAGGAGACGAAGGGAGCACUUCCCGCAGAGGCACCAGCGGGGGAACCAGCAAAGGGGGCCCCAGCGACUGGGAUGGAAGCCCUGGAGGGGCCCAAGGACACACCGUCCACCACGAAGGAUGCCCCAGACGUCCCAAAGGGCUCGCCGGCAGCCAAGAAGGACAGUACAGAGGGUGGUGAGGAGAAACCCAAGAGAGGAUUGCUCUCCAAACUGAGCAGGAAGGUGCGUGGCAAGAAAAAGUCAGAUACAGAGGCGGCUGCACCGGGUGUGAAAGAAGCAGCUGCCAUCCAGGGGGCACCAGAUACUCCAAAGGAGGGGCCAGAUGCCAGCGGAGGUGCCCCGUCUCAGGCAGGGGACUUGCCGGUCGUGGCGGAGGGCAGCCUGGAUGCUCCCAAGACGGCUCCAGAUGCUCCAAAGAGCUCCCUGCAUGCCGCAAGGGAGUUGCCAGUUGGGUCUGGGGCUUUGCCAACUGCAGGUGAGGGCACGCAAGCUGCCUCCAAGCGCUUGCCAGAUGGCUUGAAGGGCACUCCUGGUGCUCCGAAGUCGACAACAGAUAGCUUGAAGGGCGCUCCUGAUGCUCCCAAGGGUUCGCCAGAUGCUGCCACGGGCAUUCACGUUGUUCCCACGGGCACACCCGAUGGUGGUGUGGCAGUUGGAGCAACAGAGUCCCCAAGCGCCCUGGUGGCUGCCUCCGAUGGCCUGAAGGGCGUCCCCAGUGCCACAGGGGACUCAGCCGUUGUGGGUGAGUUUUCGCCAGAUGGUUCGAAGGGCACUGGUGACGCUUCCAAGGGCAGAGCAGAUGUCGGUGUACCUGGCGGGGCUAAGGUCGCUCCAGGCUCCGGGGUGGGUGGUGCAGAUGGUCCCAGUGGCACGAACGAUGCGGAUGGUGCUUCAGAUGGUCCAAAGGGUUCCUCACUUGCCUCGAGGGACUUGCCAGUUGUUGCAGAGGGCACUCCAAGCGCUGGGAAGGACCGCCCAGAUGCUGCAAAGGCAGUGCCGCCUGGGCCGGUGGGCGCUGCAGCAACUGGUGCAGCCUUGCCAGUUGCAGCCAUGACCUCGCAGGGUGCUGGCAAGGCUGCCCCGGCUGCCGCAGAAGGUGCUCCCGAUGUGGCAAAGGCUUCACCAAGAGUGGUAAAGGGUCCCCCAAGCGGGGACAAGCCAAAGAGGGGUCUGAUGUCCAAGCUGAUGAGCAUAGUGGGGGCUGGCAAGGAGAUGGGUGAGGAAGUGGCCGUCUCGUAUGUCGAUCAGCCAGUGUGGGGUCAAGCGUUGACGAAACCUGAGGUGGGGGAGCUGAACGAUGAACUGGCAGAGUUGUUCACGGAGCUGGGAAUCGACCCAACGAAGUAUUUCAACAGGCCACUUGAUGAUUUCAACACACCUGCAGACUUCUAUGAAGAUCUGAGUGGCAGACUGGAGGGAGAUACACAAGAGGUGGACGUCACGGAGACCUUGGCCACCAGGCUUGGAGACGACCACCCGCUGGUGGUAGAGCUGCAGAGGAGGGAGGCGCUUGCGGAUGUGAAGAUGUUGGAUGAGUACAUCAAGGGGGCGCUCGGCCCAGAGAAGGCGGCCACCAUCUACAAGAAGGUGCCAGAUGAGUUCCACACGCCUUUGGGCUAUUACAAGGAGCUGCAGGGAGUGGCCAAGGCGAAUGGGAUGGACCUGGUUCCCAUCAUCGAAGCCAAGCUGGGCGAGAUGCAUUCACUGCCGAUGGCUCUUCGAGGUGAUGGCAUUGCAGCCAAGGCCAAGUGGCAGUCGAUGAAGAAAGCGCUGUCCUUCAAGCCAUCCGCCUCGCCUGUUGGUGUUCAACGCAAGCCUGCCCUGCCAGAAAGCAGUGACGAUGAAGCCACUGCGGCUGUCAAGGACAGGGACAUAGCCCCGUGGCCUCUUCCAGGGGAUGCCAAAGCAACAGCUAAGGCGGCCCCUGAGGGAAAGGGGGAACCUGGCACGGCAGAAGAGAAUGCACGCCCUGCAGGGACGCCAAUAGGCGUGCCAGCAAAGGGGGGCCCAGGGGCUGUGACGGAAGCGCCAAAGGGGUCCAAGGGCACACCAUCUGCCGCGAAGGAUGCCCCGGACACCACCAAAGGCUCGCCAGCAGUAAAGAAGGACAGUACGCCCGGGGCGGUGGCCGCUCCAGCAGCUAGCGCGGCCGUGCCAGUGGCAGCCAUGGCCUUGCAGGAUGCUGUCCAGGCUGGUCCGGCUACUGCAGAAGGUGUGCACGAUGCGCCAGAUGUUGUGAGUGCGUUGCCAGAAACCUCUGGCAACGCGCUGGCUGCUCCACACGUUGAUAAGAGUGCUCAAGCUCCUGAAAUGGUCGCACCAACUGAAGGACUGGGACCCCCAAUUGCUGACAGGGCGGAAGCUGGAAAGGUGUCUCCUGUCGAGGGAACACCAAGAAGAGGGUUACUGUCCAGACUCAGCAGGAAGGUGCGCAGCAAGAGGAAGUCGGAGCCAGAUGUGGCAGUGGUCCUGGACGACAAAGAACCAGCUGGCGGGAAGGACUCAGGUGCACCAGGUGCAUCACAGGAUUUCACCUCUAAGCCUGAGGUUUCAGCAGAUGGUGCAAAGGCAGCUGCUGUGAAGGCCUUGCCAGAGGCUGCAAAGGAUACACCCUCUGCCACAUCAACUGGCCCAUCUGCUGCGAGGGACUUGCCAUAUGAGGCUAAGGGCUCACCACAUGCUGCAAAGGAUUUGCCUGCUUUGGAAUAUGGCUUAGAUACGAAAAACGAAGCUCAGAAGGUUGUCCCAGUUGCUGCAGCGGCCUCGGCCACUGGGUCCAAGGCCAUGAAGGAUUCCCCAAAGGUAGCCCCUGAUGCUGUGCAUGACACACCAGCUGCUAAUGCAGGCGCUCCAACUGCCGAUGUGGUCAAGCCAGCUGCAGCUGCUGCAGUUAGUGAACCGUUGGUGGCUGUAAAUGCUCUGCCAGAUGGUGCAAGUGGUGGACCUUCACCAGAAAAUGGGGCAGAAGAUUUGCCCAAAGAAAAAUCAGUUUUGUCAGAGGAUGAAAAGGACAUGAUCAGUGAAAGAGAUGUCAGGUUCUCACAACCAGUAGGUGGGAGACAUGGUGGGGGUUUGGAUGCUGUUGAAGCCAAGCCCAAGGGUAGGAGUGAUGUUGCAGAUAGUCCGGUAGCUGUCAGGGAAGGAGUAAUGGCAGUUGCAGAUGUGCGUGUGCGAGAUGUGGAUGUGCGAGAUGAGACAGGUGAAGAUGCUGCACCCUGCUGCUCGAAAUGUGGCUGUUUUAAGUGCUGCUGCAUGUUUUGCCGCAAGUGCUGCAUUAGGUGGGUCAAUUGUUUUGGUACGAGGUGA